CUUUGCUCUGCUUGCAUGGGUUUCAUCCCGGCCAUUCCGCCCGCGCUCGCCUCGAUCGCUCUCGCGGCACGAGGCGGAAACAAGCGGAGGUUGGUGGAGGUUCGAGGAUUCAAUUGUUCACAGAGGAUGCGCAAUUGCGCAAAAAGAGCGGCGAGCGUGCGGAUUGACAUUCGCGACUUCGUCGGUCCGGCCAGGCUGUGGGAAUCUCCUCGACGACGAUGAGCUACUUCGCGAACAACGACUGGGGCAAGAGCCGGUAUCAGGAUCUGAGCGACUCGCGCGUACGUGGUGGCCCAACUGUACGCUCUAUACUCUGCUGCACCGCAUUGGGCCUAUGCUCGACGCUAUUGAUUUUUUCGUUAUGGAGCUCCAAUAUUCAUCCUCCAAUCCAUUCCUAUAUGUUCCAUUUUGACAGACAGCAGCCUCUGUUACACAUCAUCUCCGAUAAGUUCUUAUCGUUCGGUCUCGACACAUCUUUACUUCGAAGAAUGAAUGAAUUGCCCGUCGGACAGGAAAAAUUUGUCAAUUUGGCCCGUCACUUAAGCCCGGCUUAUGUCAGAGUGGGUGGAACCUCUGCGGAUUGUCUGACAUUUGUUCAGGAUCAGAUGGAACAGAGCUCUUCUGAGAAGAUCCUCAGUCCCGUAGAUGGUCAGGAUAUCAGCAACUUUACCAUAUCCGGUGCGGAUUUGCUCGCUAUCUAUGAUUUUACAGUGAAGUCCGAGUUACGAAUGAUCUUCGAUCUGAAUGUGUUGCUCAGAAAUCCAGAUGGGUCCUGGGAUGACAGUAACACGCAGGAGAUUAUCGCGUUUGCUAAGACUCAAGGAAUGCUACUAGAUUGGCAAUUGGGAAACGAACCAAAUUCCUUUAAACACGUGUUCAACGUGACAAUCCCUGCGACCGAACUCGCGAAGGAUUACGAUCAUUUAAGGGAAUUGCUAAACGUAGCAGGAUACGUCGACAGCAUCCUCGUUGGACCAGAAGUGAAUCACGUCGGAGAUGGCGUGGGAGAGUAUUAUGCCAAAACGUUUUUGAGUAGCCAGAAGAACACCGUGAAUUACGUCACUUGGCAUCAGUAUUAUCUGAAUGGACGAGAAGCUAAGGUCAAUGAUUUCGUGAAUCCUCUCACGUUCAACUCAUUACCAGCGGAAAUUAAUUCCCUGAGACAAUACAUUGUCGAGUCAGGAAAAGACGUUCCUACGUGGCUAUCGGAGACCAGCACUGCGUUUGGCGGAGGUGCGCCCGGAUUGUCCGACAGAUUCGUAGCCGGAUUUCUAUGGUUGGACAAAUUGGGGUACAGCGCUAGGGCGGGAUUAAACGUCGUCACGAGACAAUCGUUAUUCGGCGGGGAUUACGCUAUGGUAUCGCCGGAUCUCACGCCAAACCCCGACUGGUGGAUCAGUGUCUUUUACAAGCAAUUCGUGUCGGAGAGGGUCCUGCGAUUGGUCACGCCCAAUAAUUUCGGCUACGUACGAUUGUACGCGCAUUGCACGCCGAAGAAAGCGCUGAUCGCCCGAGUGCCGGCUGUCACGCUCUAUGGAAUGAAUAUAGCCAAGAUCGCCGCCUACGUGGAUAUUCCAGAGUUGUUUAUACAACCCAGUAAAACCGUAAAGAUUUUCUAUUACGCUCUGACCGCCGAUCAUUUGCAAUCGAGCGAGAUAAAGUUGAAUGGCGAAGCUGAAGCGCUAAGGCUGCAACCGAACGGAGAUUUGCCGCCGUUUCGACCUUUGAUAUUGGAUCCUAUAAAUCCCGUGUUUUUACCACCACAUUCUAUGGUGUUCAUGAUAAUUCACGGUAUUGAUGUUCCUGCGUGUGCGACAUGAAUAAAGAAAGCAACAAAUCAAUUUUA